CGGCAAGAGACUACAACGCAAGAUUUUUCAAUUCUGUCUUUGCAGAGAAGUAAACUACCAUCUUAGCUAAAUAAUAGGUCAUCACUCAUGCCUACUACAUUAACUACAUUAAGGGAGCGGAAUUUAUUAAAAGAGACUCGUGGUAUGGACUAUUGUAAGUCUUUAGAUUUACUGGGUGUAACUUGCGGCAAUCAGACUUUAUUGAUGAAGAAUAUGAGAAAGCGCUCUCCAGUUGAAAGCAUUGAGAGCCAACAUGGAUGCCCUACUCUAACUGCUUUUAAUACUAUGGAUGUCCCGUCUCUCAUGCUAGUGUCUGAUAAUGAUGGGCCGAUUGAUGUAUUUGAUAUGCAAAGAAAGCUUCUUGUGCGGAGCUACCUUGAACAUAUAUCAAGAGUUACUGGUCUUUCUUGGUAUAAUGGUCACUCAUUUGUAUCUAGCUCUGCUGAUGGCACAGUGCGUUUUUACAAAACAACUGAUCCACAUAGCCACCUUACACUUAACAUGGUAGUUAGUACCUGUGGUGUUCAUAUCAGUCCUUUCUCACCUCAUUUAGUUACUUUUGGAACAACUCAGGGCAAGUUUUAUGUGUACGACAUUAGAAAUACUGCUACUCCGUAUAUUGAAGCAAAAGGCCAUGUAAAGACUGUCAGUAAUGCAAUAUUUGUUUCAAAGUUUGAAUUACUUACAAUUGGAACAGACAAUAAAGCUAAACUUUGGGAUUUACAUCGAACAGUAUGUAUACGCUCAUACAACGACAAUUCUCAUCAGACAUGUUUUGUUGGUAUUCAUACUUUGAAUGACUUAAUUGCCCUUGGUGGUGAGGACAGUCGUGUUCGUGUCUACAAUAAAUAUGAUUCAAAAAGCAUUGUUUCAAAAAGCCUUCAUUCAUCAUCAUCCUUUGUUUGUGGGUGUACCUUAGUAUCAAUUGGAGAUUCUGCACAGUUAAUAGCAGUAGGAAAUCAAGGGCAUUUGUUGUUUAUGAAAUUAAACAUUUGAGUAUAAAUAAUUAUUAUAUUGUUUACAUACUGGUUUGCUGUACGUAUACAAUUCUUAUUUUGUCCUUUUUGUUUAAUAUUGUAUACUAUACUGAUUUCCUUACUGUAUCCUUAUACCUUUCUUUUACUAAAUUUUUUGUUCAUCUUAAUUAAAUAUUUUA